AUGCUCACGUCGAGCGGCGCGUCCAGCGGCGGCCACGCGGGGCAGGCGAGCCCCGCUAACGCGGCAACCCCUGGGAGCGCCGCCAACCCCGCCAACGCAGCAACCCCUGGGAGCGCCGCUACCCCCGCUAACGCCGCUACCCUGGCGAGCCGGGAGGCCAAGGCCGAGUGGCUGGUGUACCCCCAGGCGAACUACGAAUUCAACAUCGAUGAGAAACUGAAGAGCAAAUUUGUAAUGGACGCGGACAAGUGCAAGAAAAGGAUCAACACGUAUAACCAAAAUGGGAUCCGAAGUUCAGCUCUGGCCAUCAUCCUGUGCCACCGAUAUGAGUACCCUCACCUGUUGCUCCUGCAGAAUGUGGAGAGUCAGACGUACUACCUUCUAAGUGGGAAGUACCGAUCGUGGGAAAAGCCGAGGGAUGUUUUGAAAAAGAAACUACAGAAAUAUGUUAACCAAAUUAGGGACAUGCAUUUCGCGACUAGCCAUUUCAACGCCGAACAGAAAGAAUCUGAAGAUCCCAUCGAAAUUGGAGAGUUCCUUGGUGAGUGGUGGAAAACGCAAUUCAAUUCCGUGUACCUUCCCUAUUUACCUGCUCAUAUAACCAGGCCGAAGGAGUACAUACGGUUAUACCAAGUGACGCUAACUUCUAGGUGCAUUUUUCAUUUGCCCCCCGGGUUCACUCUCAAGGCGCUGCCCCUCUUCGACCUGGGCAGCUGCGGAGUGGCCAUCGGCGGGCUCACCAGCGUCCUCUCCCGCUUUAAGCUCCACUGCAUGGUGCCGCUGGAGGAGGGCCAGGAGGGGUAA